GAAUUUAUUGGGAAAUGAAAUAUUUCCUGUGAACUGGGAAUAAUAGCAAAACUUUUCUGCUUCAUUGAUUGGAAUAAGUUAAGGCAAAUUUACAAAAGAGUUUACAACAACUCCAGAUAUUGACAAAAGUAACCGGUGAUGGAAAUAAAACAGUAGAAAUAUUUUGUGGAGACAGAUUUAAAAAGCUAAAACUAGAAAAAAAUAUCUGUAUUGUAGGGAAAGAGAAGCAAUAUUAAGAAAAAUGAGUUGUGAGGGGACAGUUGCAAAAGAUCUGAAAUAUAUUGAUUAUUCUGAUGAGAUGUUGAAAGAGACAGAUAAAACAUUGUAUCAAUGUAAUACCUCUCAAAAAGGUAGCCUAAUCACUCACAAAUGUAUUCAUACUGAAGAGAAACCAUAUUGUGAUAUCUGUGGGAAAUCAUUUUCAGGAGAGAAACCAUACCGUUGUGAUAUUUGUAGCAAAUCAUUCUCCCAGAUUGGUAAUUUAACUACUCACAAACGUAUUCAUACAGGGGAGAAACCAUAUCACUGUGACAUCUGUGGUGACGCAUUCUCUCAAAAAUGUCAUUUGUCCAAACACAAACGCAUUCAUACAGGAGAGAAACCUUAUCACUGUGACAUCUGUGAUAAAUCAUUCUCUGACAAUAGCGUGUUAACAAGACACACACGUACUCAUACAGGAGAGAAACCAUAUCGGUGUGUUAUCUGUGGGAAAUCAUUUUCUCAAAAAUGUCAUUUGUCCAGGCACCAAUGUAUUCAUACAGGAGAGAAGCCAUAUCCCUGUGAAAUCUGUGGUAAAUCAUUCUCUGAAAAUACUUUGUUAAUAAAACACACACGUAUUCAUACAGGAGAGAAACCAUAUCGGUGUGAUAUAUGUGGAAAAUGUUUCUCGAUAAUUGGUAACUUAUCUAAACACAAGCAUGUUCAUACUGUUGAGAGGGCGUAUCUUUGUGAUAUCUGUGGUGACUCAUUCUCUCAAAUAUGUCACUUAACUAAACACAAACUUGUUCACACAAGUGAAAAGCCAUAUCUUUGUGAUACCUGUGGUAAACCAUUCUCCCAAAGUAGUGAGUUGUCGAGACACAAACGCAUUCACAUUGGGAAGAAACCGCAUCACUGUGUUAUUUGUGGCAAAUCAUUUUCUGCAAACAGUCACUUGGCUAUUCACAACCGUACGCAUACUGGGGAGAAGCCAUAUUGCUGUGAUAUCUGUGGGAAAUCAUUCUCUAAUGGUAGUAACUUAACAAAACACAAAUGCAUUCAUUCAGGUGAGAGGCCAUAUCACUGUGAUAUCUGUGGUAAAUCAUUCUCUCAAAGAAUUCAUCUAACUUUACAUAAAAGUAUUCAUACAGGUGAGAAGCCAUAUUCAUGUGAUGCCUGUGGUAAAUCAUUCUCAGUGAGUAGUAACUUAACUAUUCACAAACGUAUUCAUACAGGAGAGAAACCAUAUCACUGUGAUAUUUGUGGUAAAUCAUUCUCUGUAAAUAGUAACUUAACUACACACAAACGAAUUCAUACAGGAGAGAAGCCACAUCACUGUGAUAUCUGUGGUAAAUCAUUUUCUGAGAGUGGUACCUUAAAUAUUCACAAACGUAUUCAUACAAAAGAGAAACCGUACCAGUGUGAUAUAUGUGGUAAAUCAUUCUCUCAGAAUGGGGGCUUAACUAGUCACAAACGCAUUCAUACAGGACAGAAAUCAUAAUUCUGUAACAUCUGUGGGGAAAUAAGUCUCUCAUGCAGUUAUUUUCAUUAAACAUGUAGGUAUUCAUACACAACAGUAAAUAUAUGAAUGUCAUAGUUUGGGUUUUGGUAAACGCAGCAUGUUUUGUAGUCAAUUUCUAUUGUUCAGAUUAGAUUUGUUGAGCUUUCAUUUCAUGGUAUGUAUGUCUGCCAGACUGAAAAUGAAACAAAAGCAAUCCAUAAAAAAUAUGAAAAUUGACUGGGAUAUCCCAAGUAAGUGCAACAAAUAUGUAUAUAAGUAAUUUAUUAAAUGAUCUGUUUAAUAAGCUGUUGGUAUUUCGUUUUUAUUUAAUGAAAAUUUAACCUUUUUAAUAUAAACACUCUUGUUUUAACACUAAUAACAGAGUUGUUAAACUGACUUGGAAAAGCCUACAAAACAGAGAUUUAGGGAUGUGUUACUUGAAGCUUUUGAAGAAAAAGAGGAGGAUAUAACAAUGUGGAAGACAACUUGAGGUCCAUAUGGAACAACCUGUUGAGGGCUACUGACAAGAUUGUGGAUGGUUUAAAGUUCCCCCCUUGGCCUAAGGUA